AUGCGCGACGGCGCGGAUGCGCCGGCUCUGGCGCGGCAGAGGCCGCCGGCCAGCCCCGUGGACAGCGAGCCACCAGGCCAUGCCUCGCCCGCGCUGGGCUUCAAGGUUCCGCUCCUCGAGGCCUCGCCGCCGCCGCAGUCCCGCUGGCUCGCGGGCGGCGCCGCCCGCCGCGGUGGCAAGACGUCUCCACGCCACGGCCGCCGCGUCUUGCAGGCGCCCCGCUGGUCCGGCAGUGCCGGGGCGGACGGCCAGGUGGCCCCCGCCGCUACACCUUUGCCGUCUUCCCAGCAGCAGUACGUGGGCGCCGUCGUGUGGAGCCUGCCCAAGGAGGCCCCCUUGCUGCCGGCGUGGGCGGCGGACGACUCAGAGAAGCCGCAGCAGUACUCGCAGCAGAGGGCCCUAAUGCAGCAGCAACUGCAGCAGGCCAACGCUGAGCGCGUGCGGGCGUGGGCCGGCAGGCUCAAGGUCGAUGCGCGGCCCGAGGACCCAGGCCUGCCGCCGCUCACACCCCGGACCGAGGCCACGGAGGAGAAGCAGGCCUCCCAGCUGCAGGGGGAGGGCAGCGUCUCCGCCAGGAGCCUCCAGGCGCCGGACGGGCCUCGCCCCCGACGCGGGCGCGGAGCCGGGCGCGGCGAGGUCGCCGCUGUCCCUGCCGACCGCGGCGCUGAGCCUGCCGCCGCUCAGCGCGCGGGGCGCCCCGUGAGGCGGGGCCUCCCUGCAGCGGGCGAGGCGGCGAACGGGGCGGGGCGGCCGUCCUGCAUGUGCGGCGAGGGCGAGGUCGAGCAUUGGGGUGGCGAGCGCCACGGCGCGUGCCCGGAGAACAUAUUCGGGCCGCCCCCCUCCGAUUGGCGACCGCCGGCUGAUCGUCCCUGA